CAAAAUUUAACACAUGUCUCAGAAUUUCACCUCUUGAGGUUCUCAGAAGAUCUGGAACUGCAGCCCAUACUCUUUGGUCUGUUUCUGUCCAUUUACCUUGUAUCUGUGCUUGGGAACCUACUUAUCAUCCUGGCCAUCAUCUCCGACUCCCACCUCCACACCCCUAUGUACUUAUUCCUCUCCAACCUGUCUUUGUCUGACAUUGGUUUCAUCUCAACCACGGUCCCAAAGAUGCUUAUGAACAACCAAUUACAGAGUAAGGUAAUCUCCUACAGAGGAUGCUUAGCACAAAUGUCUCUUUUUUUAAUUUUCAGAUGUAUGGAUGACAUGCUUCUGACUGUGAUGGCCUAUGACCGGUUUGUGGCCAUUUGUCACCAGCUACAGUAUCAUGUCAUCAUGAACCCUCGCCUCUGUUUCUUCUUAGUCAUGCUGUCUCUUCUAUUUAGUCUUGUAGAAUCCCAGCUGCACAAUUUGAUUAUCUUACACUUUUCCUAUUUUGAGAAUAUGAACAUUUCUAAUAUCUUUUGUGAACCUUCUCAACUUUUAAAUCUCACCUGUUUUGAUGAUUUCAUCAAACAUAUAGUCACAUAUGCUGUAGGUACCAUCUAUGGCUUUCUCCCCCUUUCAGGGAUUGUGUUCUCUUAUUAUAAAAUAGUUUCCUCUAUUCUGAAAUUUCCUUCCUCAAGUGGAAAGCAUAAAGCCUGGUCCACCUGUGGUUCUCACCUUUCUGUUGUUUGCUUAUUUUAUGGAACAGCUGUUGGUGUUUACCUUACAUCCUCUGCAUUACAUUCCCCUAUGAAGAUUUCAUUGGCUUCAAUGAUGUAUGCUGUGGUUAUUCCAAUGCUAAAUCCUUUCAUCUACAGCCUGAGGAACAAGGACACGAAACAUGCCCUGCGGAGGUUGCAGAGCCGAAGGAUGUAG